CGGAUGGAAUAGACCGGUCAAGGUAUAAUGUUGAAUAAGGGGGUAUGCUUGUUUUUUCUCUUGUCAGGAAGCUUGAAGAGAGGAGUCUGUCAAAAUGUCGCAGGGCGGUGGCGCAUCAGGCGCUCCCAAGAAGGGUUUGACACUCGAUGACCUCAUCGCUGCCAUCGACCGACAUGAAAGGAAUCCGAGCAAUAUCCCAAAGGCCGAUACUUUCCAUUUUUGUGGGGAAAGAGUUCCGGAAUGGCUGGAGCGGGUGGAACAAGCUUUGGUCGGGCGGUCGGACAUUGUAAAGUUCAGCGCAUCCUUCAGUAUGUCCUCCACAGCUACCACCAAGAGGUGAAGAAAGUCAUAGAUGCAGCCCAAGGUAGCUGGGAGAGGUUCAAGGAGGGGAUGCAGAGGAAAUACCGCCUGGGAUACGGGUUGUUGACUACCGCGGACCUUGAGGCGAUGAACAAAGAGGAUUUUACGAUGAUAGGGACCUUUGUUCAAGAAUUUAAGAAGAGGGCGCGGAAGGUCCAUGGGAUUUCAGAGGAGGCACGGUGCGCCAUCUUCCUGGGGCUACUCACGGCAUCGGAAGCCGUCGAGUUGACAAGGCAUGGAGGGGGUAGCACCAAGCUCACCUGGGCCACCAUUGACAGAGGGGUGGAAGUGGGAUGUUUGGACCAGGUGAAGCAGCGUCAGGUACGUCUGCAAAGGCAAAAGAGAAAGGAAAAAGAUGCGACUGCUUCUGGGACCCCGGGGGUAACAAGGAUUGUUACAGACGUAUUGGCACAACUAGGGUAUGCGACAGAGCCGAUGGUGCAAAGGAGGGUGGUGGCGGCUGUCAAAGUGAAAGGAAAGGAGCCGGUGAUAGAGGAGGCUAUUCAGGAAGAGCUCUGGGAAGAGGAAGAGCCGGUGCCGCAGCACCUGACGAAGGUCCAGCACAAAGUGCCGCCUGGGCGACCCGGAGUAAAUGUGGUGGGGUCGUGCCCACAAUCGGGAAUAAGAGGGAGACCCCUCACUCCGCAGGCCCGGCUGGCACAGGCAGCGCGAACGAGGAAUCAAGCCAAGGCCAGUGCCAGCCAAGAGCCUUCAAGGAGGGAACCCGAACCAGGGAGAAGGAAAGAGGCUGUGGAAGUAGAGGACGACGAUGAUGAAGAGGAAGAGGACGAGAGGCUGCGCAGAGAAGAGGAUCAGAGAACGGAGCAGCGGGCGAGGAAAAAGGGAACCAGGGGAGAGGCCGAGUCAGUCAUACGUGACGGACCACCCAAAAAGAAGAAAUACGUGGUUCGGUUGGAAGAGGGAUUUGACGUAGAGAGAGUAAUUGACAGGCUGUUGGAAGGGCAUAAUGACCUCAURACCCUGAAGGAAAUCCUAGCGUCAGCCCUGCGACUCCGCGAUGAACUGAAGGGGAGAUUGUCACGGCGCCUGGUGCCCAAUGUCCAUCUGGGUACGAUCCUGCUCAAGGAGGCAAAGUGGCGGGUGUCAGGUACGAAGAUGGACUGGAAGUGCGUAGCCUACGACACGGUGGAUUUGAUAGUGAAGGGUUCCAAGUGCGCAGCAAUGGUGGACACCGGGGCGGAGAUGAACAUUAUUCGGGAGGCCGACGCGAUCAGCUUCGGGCUGGAUACGGACCGUUCUGACUGCGGUAUUCUGCAUAGAGCCAGUUGUAAGGCAGUGUUUUGCGGGACAACCUCGAAUAUGCUCAUCGAGGUUGGAAAGGUGAAGGUCAGGGCAUGCUUCUUCAUAAUGCCGGACGUGGACCAUGGAAUCCUCUUGGGGAGGUCAUUCCUAAGCAAGACGGAGACCGUGAUGUUCAACAAACAUAACGGGACUCUAAUUCUUCUCUUAUGCGAUCCUGCCUGCGGGAAUUACGAAAUAAUUACAUGCAGGAACACCGGGCCAAGGAGUAUAAGGAACCGGCCCAAUCCAGGAUCAUUCACGAUCGAGGAGUCGGAAGGGGAGCGCMGGAGGCUCUGGGCAGAGCCCGAAGCAGGAGAGAGGGUGGAAGCAUUUUCCCUCAGCCUGUCAGAUGUUGGGAAGGCCAUGGACCUGGUGGCCGCGCAUGAGAUGGCAGAUCCGGAUGCCAUYSYGRCCUUGAGGGAGCAAGUUCUGGAAUGCCCCGAGGCAGGAAGGUUGGAGUUGGAAGGCCUCGAUCAGUCAGGUUCGUUGGACCCGGCAGGGAAUGUGGAUGAGGUGCCCGAGAGCCAGGACGACGAGUUCGAGGAGGGGGAGAUUAAGGAGGCUUUUCGUGCGGAGGAGUACGACGGGAUCUACUUAGAGCUGGGGUUUCUUUUGUCAUGUGAAAUGCGGCUAAGGGAUGCAAGCGAUAGGGCUCAGAGGAUGCUGCAGUGCUACUUAGUGCGAGACGGCCACCUUUUCGUGAGAAGAGAAAUGGGGAAUCCCAGGAGAGUCGUCUGCGGUAGGAAUCGUCAGAUCGACGUCGUAGCAGCGCUUCACGAUGGCAUUGCAGGAGGGCAUCGAGGGGUACAAACCACGUAUGCCAAGAUAAGUGAGCUGUACUACUGGGAUGGGAUGAUGGAUAUGAUCGGGAAGUUCUGCCGAUCUUGCGUACCUUGCCAGGAGAGAUCCCUGCAUACUAUGCAGGAGGAGGUGAGUUUGUUUUCACCCGAGCAGAGGAUAGAGGAGCCUCUUGAGAGAGAGAUGGGGAUUGAGGCAGAGGGUGCCAUCGAGGGCAAACUCCAGAGGAUGGGCACGCCUGAGUACGGGCCAGAGGAGAUUGAGGAGCAGCCCACGGCAGUGCCAACAGAGACACUCGAGAGGAGACCUCAAAGGUUGGACACGCUUGAGUACGUCCCAGCGACAGGGGAUUUGAGGAGUAGACUGGGAUCUUGGGCUACUGGAUCAGGGUCUGGGGAAUCAGUUCCUGGAAUGGAGCAGCAGGAGGUCGUUAGUACCGCAGCUCCCCGAUCAGAGCAGCAGGGGGUUGUUAGUACCUUGGUAGGAUCUCCAUCAUCGCCACCUCCUCAGCCCAAGAAGAAGUAGUUCAAGAGGAAGGUUGAUCAGUUAUGCUUCUAUUGCAAGAGAGGCGUGCAUCUGGCUCUGGACUGUCUCGAGUUCCUUGAGGAUAAGGCAGAAGGAAAGGUCUCAGAGGCAGGGGGUAAGAUGUAUGAUAAACAGGGUAGGAUAGU